AUGCUGCUCUGCGUCACCUUGCUUCUCCUCCUGGGGCUGUCUGCAUGCACUGUGGCAGGUGACAAGGAACUGGCAGGUGACAAGGAACUGGCAGUCGAUGCUGAAGUGGGCUCCUGGGUGGCUGUGACCCUGGAGGAAGAUGUCAUCCCCAGCAUCCUACUUCAGCUCCGGGAUGUGAAGAAGGGCAAAGCGAGCCAGUUCUUUGGGCUAAUGGGGAAGCAGGUAGGAGGCAAAGAGGAUGAGAACCGUGGGUCAGAGUGAGAGCCCCCACCCCACGCCUCCCAGAGGACGAAACCCUUCUCCUUACCUGGAUGUAGCAGCCAACCAGCCGACAAGGCCAGCCCUCUUCUGCGUGUCUUCUGUGCUCACCACGUGUCCCUCCCACCACGCUGAACUCACUGGGCCCCUCCCAGGACUCUGGGUCUCAGGCAGCGGUCGUGCAUAAAUGCACUGUGGUCACCACUGUAAGCUAGCUAAUGACCCCACACACGCCCGGACCUCACUGGAUGGACCGAGCCUUCCUACCCCCGUUUCUCUAAAUCCUGUGCCGAUAACACAGCAAGGGUUCAAUAAACCAAUGA